CUGUCACUGCAGGCGCAGAGCCCGGGGGAGCCGGCCCCUCCUCGCCGCCAGGCAGACUGGGCGGCUGCUCCGCGUCAGGCACCGCUCACUCUGCCCUGAUAUGCCGCCUGUGGGGGGAGCAGCAGGCUGCACCCUGCCCCUGGGGGCGCGAGCCCAGGCGCGGAGAGCGCCUGCGCGGGGCGGGUUCUCGGAAGCCUCCCUCCCUCGGCCGGCCCAGGCCGCCAUUUUGGCGCUGGCUCUGGGGACAGGAGCCCGUAGGAUAAAGCGCGAGCCGAGCGUUUUUCGCUUCCUCACUGCGGAGCUGGCCCAGCAGCCGCCCCUUGCCGGCGCCCUGGGCCUGGCUGCGUCCGCCGCCGCUCUGCGCGCCCCCGGGCCCCGCUGCCGGCCGGAGAGCGAGGCGGGAAGGAUGUCCCGUACGCCCCGCCGCUGAGAGAGAAGCAGGGGCCCGACCGCCGCUCCCGCCCCACCCCGGCCGCUCUCUGGGCCUCCGCCUCCCCGGUCACAGGGAUUCCUGCCCCGGCCGUGCCCGUAGUUCUCCCGCCCGGGCUUCCCGUCGCUUGGUUUUCCCCGGCCAGGCCUUUCUCUCUCCGGCCGGGCCUUCGGGCUCCCCCGCCCGUUGCCAUGUCCUCGGCCGCUCGCUUCGACUCGUCGGACCGCUCCAGCUGGUACGUGGGCCCGCUGUCGCGGGCGGAGGCGCAGACGCGGCUGCAGGGGCAGCGGCACGGCAUGUUCCUGGUGCGGGACUCGUCCACCUGCCCGGGGGACUACGUGCUGUCGGUGUCCGAGAACUCGCGGGUCUCCCACUACAUCAUCAACUCGCUGCCCAGCCGCCGCUUCAAGAUCGGCGACCAGGAGUUCGAGCACUUGUCGGCGCUGCUGGAGUUCUACAAGAUCCACUACCUGGACACCACCACCCUCAUCGAGCCCGCGCCCAGGUAUCCAAGUCCACCAAUGGGAUCUGGAUCAGCCCCUACAAUUCCCACUGCAGAAGAAAAUUUGGAAUAUGUUCGGACUCUCUAUGACUUUCUUGGGAAUGAUGCUGAAGAUCUGCCAUUUAAAAAGGGUGAGAUACUGGUAAUUGUAGAGAAGCCUGAAGACCAGUGGUGGAGUGCAAGAAACAAAGAUGGUCGUGUUGGGAUGAUCCCUGUUCCUUAUGUAGAGAAGCUGGUCAGGUCGUCCCCUCAUGGGAAACAUGGGAACAGGAAUUCCAACAGCUAUGGUAUUCCAGAACCUGCCCAUGCUUAUGCUCAACCUCAGACCACAAGUCCCCUUCCCUCUGUAUCCAGUACACCUGGAGCAGUGAUCAACCCUCUGCCAUCAACACAGAAUGGACCGGUCUAUGCCAAAGCUAUUCAAAAAAGAGUACCAUGUGCUUAUGACAAGACUGCCUUGGCAUUAGAGGUUGGAGACAUUGUGAAGGUUACAAGGAUGAAUAUAAAUGGUCAGUGGGAAGGUGAAGUCAAUGGCAGAAAAGGGCUCUUCCCUUUCACGCACGUCAAAAUAAUUGACCCUCAAAACCCAGAUGAAAAUGAGUGAUUCCUGUUGCUCAGCUUACACUGCUGCUUCAUUGUUCUGUCUACGAGAAGCAUCAUUUGAGGUGGGGAGACGACUGUUAACGGCACGUUGCUAGCACUGUCCAUUUGUCUAGCUUGCUGCAGUUUGAUGGUUCUUUUUAUACACAUUUGGAAUGCACACAAUUGAAGUCAUGUGCUGACCAUACCAUAGUUGCAUCAUCCAAACUGUAGUAUCACUUCUAGAACUAUUUUGGCCCUUAAGCUGGAGAAGACUGAAAUCAUACAGGCAGAUAGUAAAUAGGAUCAAGAAAAUAAUCUUUCCUGUUUGAGGCUUUCAGGAACAGCAUGUUCUGGCUUAUUCAUUAGGAGGAGAGUUCUAAUCCUCAGAUCAAAUAUGAAAAUUUCGCAUCACUGUCCCAACAGAGAAACAACAAAACUGCAGUUUUGUGGCUGAGGAAGGGAAGAGCUGAAUUUGAGAGAAAAUCUGCCCUAAGAUAAUAUAGUCAAAACAAGUCUCUUUAUAGACAAUUGGAUCUCUUGUGCAUUUUGAGCAGCUAUUUUAACAAGGCUGUUUUUGUGAUACAACUCUAAGCUUGCUGUUGACUUAGAAAUAAAGUUUGUGUGAUGAAAGUAAAUACCCAUUGAAGUGAAGAUCCUUAUGAGAAAACUUUAGUUGACAUUGUAAAUGGUAGCCCAUUUUGUCAUAUACAUAAAACCAAUUCUGCAGAUUAUUGAAUGCAAAUAUAAAAGUUGCUGGAUGAUUUGUAAGCACUAGAACUGUAGAAACAACCUUUAAAAGGGAAACACUUAAGCCUGGUCUACACACAGACUUUUGUACUGGUAUAGCUCUUAGGGAGGAGUAUAGGGUUUUUUAAACAGUUUUUACAAGUACAACCUGGUUUCAGGGAUGGGAUAAUGAGAUAAAGGUGCCUUAUACUGACAUAACUUAUCAGUAUAAUUGCAUCCACAUCAGGGGGUUGUACCACUUUAAACUUUUAUAGGUAAACAGAGCAACUUGUGUAGAUUAGCCCAACUCCAUGACCUCUUCUGCCUGCCUCUUUUUAAAUGAAUUUAAAAGAUUAAUUGAAACAUUUUAAUAAAUAAAAUACAUGUGAAAAUUAUGCUCUUUUUUUAAUCCCGGGGGGCUCUGUUUAUAUCUUCCCUACAGAAGCUGACAACUCUAAAUAGCAGGAGGAUGUACUUUUAUCCACUUUAGGUAUUAAAGAUGCCUUCAAGCUUAGCAAAAGAUGCAGAAAUCCAAACUUUGCUUUCAGCAUUUAGAGGAACUUAUGUGAAAUAUUAACACUUAAAAGUAUUUUUUUUUCCAUCUUAUGUCUGAACAUGUAUUCUUUUAAAGAUGUUGGGCAGUUGAGCCCUAAGCACAUGUUGCUCUGAACUCUGUAUUGAAGUGCCUUGAAAUUCUUGGAGAGAAGGCACUGAAACAUGCAAAAAAAAAAUUUUUUUGCAGCCACUGUUCAUUUUAAGAAAAGCAUCUCAGCUUACCUAUUAAUAUUCUGUAGCGCUCAUCAAAUGGCUGACAGUCUGGAGAAAUUCUUCUUAAAGCAUUUCACUGCCAACCAAACUUACUGUGAAAUAGAAUAGCAUUGACUAAAAGUGUGUGGUGCUGUGGGCAAUAACUGUCCUUUGCAAUGGAAACAGUUAUGCAGCUCUAGAAACUAGAAAGUGAGUGUCCCUGUUAAUCUGUUUGUCUGGACCCUACUGUAAGUUAUUAUGAAGCUCAUACUACUGAAAGUUACUUUUGUACUUAAACUGCACUAAACUCAGUCUGCCAUAAGGAUAUCUUAUUUUGACCCUGGCCUAGCUGUUGACAGCUGUCAUCAGUGUAGGGUUUUUCAUUUUAAAAUCCAUAAACAUGUGAUUAAUUCAGAAAAUUGUUUAUUUUUUAUCAAAAAUAAGCAUUUCCUUACACUCUCCCUCAUUGGAUAUACGGUGUUCCUGGAACAUUGUAAGCAUGUCCUGGGUUAAACUAAUCUGGUGAUUCCCACACAGAAGCAAACCAUCUGUGUGCAAAAAUCUCAGCCAGUGUCAAUACAAGAAAGCACAGCAUUACAUGGUGGUUUCUAAAGCAGAGAAGAAUACCUAAAAAGUGUGAACCUAGUUUUGGACCACUUAAAUGCCUCCCUGUGUCUAAUACUAAACAACACCUCUUUUACUAAAAUGUAUCACAUUGAACAGUCUAAGCUGAUUGUAAAUUUGCAUCAAAAUGUCUUCACUAUUUUAUAUAGACUGCAUUUGAUCAGUUUGUGUUUCUCCUUCAAAGAUUGGUUUCUUGAGAUUACUUGUUUCUUGCAGUGCUGUCUGUUGCUUUAGAGCACCUCUUCAAAAAUUCCUUGAUGAUAGAUAAUGGUCAGUAUAGCUGUUCUUUGGGAGGAUAAUUUUAUCAAGUGAUGGCUUCAAUCUAUGCAGCAUUAGGUGGAUCAUGUUCCACAUUUAAUUUUUAUGUAUGUGUCUGGGUUUCAAACUAGCAAGUUUGUCAGUUGUCAACUAUUAAUCAUGGAAGGUUUACUAUUUGUCAUUUCCUCUGGUGUACAUGUGUAUAUACAUUGAAGCCUCUAUUAGAACAGUUUUCAUUUUAACUGGUCAGUGUCCACAUCACUGGAUAAGCACUAACUCAAUUCAUAAUUGUUUACAAAUCAGGCAGGAAUAAAUAAAGGGAAUAUAUCCUGUUUGGGUUGGGGCUCUGAACAUUAUUUUUGUAAAGGGAAAAAAAUGCAUUCUUUGUGCCAUUUCAUGUGCCUGUAAUCUAACUUUUUAUAUUGUAUUAACAUCCUGGGAAUGAGUGGGCUUUUUGUUUAUAGUAAAGUUUUCAAGCAUCUCCAACUAUCUGCAAUUGAAAAAGUAAGACCUGCCUAAGACAGCCUUUUGGGACCAGUAGAAGUGUUCCUGUAUAUUUGUCAUUUUCUGUUUACUUGUAUUUUAAAUGAAAAUGUGUUCUUGGAAAAGGAAACUUUUGCAGUGGGAAAGGUGGCCUUCUAUUUGAGACAGUCUUCACUGUGUAAACAUUAAAACCAGUAUGUAAUUUAAAGACCAUGAACUUCAGGCAAUAAUAAGCAAGCUUUUAAAGUUUAUUUUGGGGAUCAUAGCUUGUUUUAUUUUUUGUGCUGUAAAAUUAACAGUAUUAAAUGAAUUAUAUUCUUAGAAUACAUGGAGUGUCUCUUUUUAAGACUAGUGCCUUUUUAUUUUCUUACUCCACUUAUUUCAUAGUACUGGUCCCAUAUCAAGCCAGUGUUAUUAGUGCCCUGUUUGUACAGUCUAAAUAAAAACAAACUUGCAACAUUA